AAAUCAAAUCUGACUUGAAACCUUUAAGACCCUUGAUAGUUCAAACUAUAAACAGGAUUAAAACAGAAAAAGAGGAGAAAAAGUUCAUGGAGACCAAAGCUUUUCAUGACGCACAAGAGAAACUCGGAAAGAACAGAGUCAUAAUGAUCAAGGGUAACACAGGAGACGGCAAGACUUCGACUGCCUUUCAACUCAUGGACUGGCUGAUCAAGGAGCAGCAAUGCAGGCAACCUCUUCAGCUUCAUGAAAUCAAGAAAUUAGAUAAAUUGUCUCCAGACUCGAGUCUGGUUACUUUUAUUGAUGAUAUUUUUGGAGAGAGAAAUGUUAGAAAUACGGAUGUAGCUGAGUGGAACAAAAGAAUUAAUAAUGUAAAAACACUGUUUGUAGAUCAACAAAUGAAGGCCAAUUUUUUGCUUGUUACUAUUCGUAAUGAAAUAUAUAAUGAUUUGAAAGAGCGAUCUUUGGAACCAGUUUUUACCAAAGAUAACCUUAUUGACAUGAGUUCGGACACAUACAGGAUUUUAGAGGAAAGAAAAGAACUUCUACAAAAAUAUCUGCCAAACAAUUAUAAAUGGGAAGAGAAAGAAAUAGAAAGUAUUGUAAAAUCUGCUUCAAGCAUUGGCUUUCCCCAAUGCUGCCACCUUUUCUAUAACUCCGUGGAAUUGCAGGCAAAACGUGGGGAAUUUUUUGAGAAACCUUUUAAAUUUUUGAAUGAAGCAUUGUCUAGAUUAUCAGAAUGUUGUGCCAUUUUGUUUCUUUUCCUCAAUGGAGGGGAGAUAAAAGUUAAAGAUCUAGACCCAAACAGUGAUAAAAUCAACAAAACAUUGUUAGAGGAAUCAUUUAAUAUUAAUCUGAUUGAUGGUGAGGAGGACAGAUCCUCAUUGAAGUACGAGAGAAAAGUAGGAUUUGUAAAAGAAAGUUUAGACAGAUUGCUAGGAUUUUUAGUGGUGAAGGAGAAAAAUUGGUUUGGUGAUGAAGUAUACAGAUUUAAUCAUGAUUCUGUACGUGUCACAGUAGCUCGUUUGUAUUGGAACAAAACACCAGUUGGUUAUAUACAGAAUUGUCCAGUGAAAUUCCUCGGUUAUCUCACAACCUCAAAAACAUCCACAGACAUGAUUGUUUUAUCAUCAGAUAAUUAUACACGUCUGUGUGAACGUCUGCUCCGAGAGUUUGAGUGUGAGGAGUAUGAUUAUGAUAGUAGAUAUAUUAUUAAGUCUCUAGAUGUAUGGAAAGAUCCCGUAUUUGUUGAAAGAUUCGAUGAGUUGUUGAAUGAGAAAAAAGUUGAUAAACGUGCUGUGUUAAAUACGGUAUGUAAAUAUGGUGUAAAAGAAUGUGGUUUAUAUCUUCUGAGUGUGGGAGUCAAACCUGACAAGUACACAGACUUGUGGUCAUUGAUUAUGUAG